GGAGGUGGGAAUUGGUUGGAAAUGGUCAGCCACCCAUGUGGAUUCUCCGAAAUGCAGUAUGUUUGAAUGAACUUCAGUCUGGAAUAUCUGCUGUUUUCUCGCUCUCUCUCUCUCUCUCUCAACCCAUUGCAUUUCUAAAACACAGGAAGUGCUUUUUGUGGUUGUCAGAGCAAAACUGUUGGGAGUUACACAAAGCUGAUCAGUUCCCACUUCACAUGGCUUCGACCCUCCAAGGAACUAUUCGGAUUGCCUGGGAUGAUGCAGACGCCAAAGACUGAUCCCAUCGCCCAGGUCUUGAGGAGUUCCGCGCUCGGCCACACUUUACAGAGUCUCCGGCACUGAGAGAGGCGCCUGGCUCCGGACUGAGCUCUCAGCCACCGCCACCUCCACCCCCCCCCCCCCCCAACCCCCCCUCCACCUCCCCAGCGUCUCUCUCCCUCUCUCACACACACACUCCGUCUGUAUCACCCCAGGACCCACCGCCAGGGAGAGCCGAGCUCAAAUCGGAGGCUCCUCUCAGAAGAGGAGAAGAUUGAAUCGCUACCGGGACUGAUUUUCCUCCAAAGCCCCAGAGCAGCCGCAUUCCCUGAGGCUGCGAGAUGCCACGGUCAUUCCUGGUGAAAAGCAAGAAAGCGCACAGUUACCACCAGCACCGAGACAUCGAGGAUGUCUACAGCAACAAGCUGGAGAAUAUCCUGGCGGAUAUCUGCACAGAGAGCAGGAUAUCGGAAGAUGCUACCCACUGCCCAGAUGGAGCUUGUGUGGAUUCCAAGGGGGAAAGAUCGCCGACACACCAGCUGGUUUACACGGCUGACGUUCCCGAGUCUCCGGCCAGUUGCGAGAGCAAUAACUGCGGCAGAGCCCCCGAGUAUGAGAACUUCUGGAGACCCCCUUCUCCAUCCGCAUCUCCAGUCUCUGAAAAGUCUCUUUCCCCCUCUAUGGAGGAGAGUCACUCAUUUACAAUGACUUUCAAACAGUACGGAUGGAAUAAUUACACAGGUUCUGACUUGAAAUACCUGGUGCAGAACUUCCGCCCCCAGGCUCUGGAACGAAACUCCGCUGUGGGGCUCUACGGUGAACGGAACUCCGGCCCUGGUGUCUACAGUGAGCUCGGCCCCUCCCCUGGCCUGUACGGCGAGCUCAGUAGCACUGCUCCCAGUUUGUACAGCGAGCGCAGCCACAGCUUUCACGAGAAAAGAACCGAAAUUAAAGCCGAGUCCGAGCUUCUGUACAACCGGCUCCUCCUAAAUAAUGCCUCUUACAAAUGCAUCAAGUGCAGCAAGGUGUUCUCCACUCCCCACGGUCUCGAAGUCCACGUCCGGCGGUCUCACAGCGGCACCCGCCCCUUCGCCUGUGACAGCUGUGGCAAAACAUUCGGCCAUGCGGUCAGUCUGGAACAGCACAAGGCCGUGCACUCCCAGGAAAGGAGCUUUGACUGCAAGAUCUGUGGUAAAACUUUUAAAAGGUCUUCUACAUUGUCCACACACUUGUUGAUUCACUCAGACACAAGACCUUACCCCUGUCAGUACUGUGGAAAGAGAUUUCACCAGAAGUCAGACAUGAAAAAACAUACCUUCAUUCACACAGGUGAGAAGCCACACAAAUGCCAGGUGUGUGGCAAAGCUUUCAGUCAGAGCUCGAACCUGAUCACACACAGUCGCAAACACACUGGCUUCAAGCCCUUCGGCUGUGACCUGUGCGGCAAAGGGUUCCAGAGGAAGGUGGAUCUCCGAAGGCACCGGGAGACCCAGCACGAUUUGAAAUAGGCGGCGGGUAAACGGUGGAGAGGAAGGAUCGUUGUAGUGAGGCAGGUAGCAGCUCCUCAGCCCGGCCGAGAUGACCCACAGCGUGUUCAUGUGCUCAGUGCAGGCUGGAGAUUGGAGUAGGGGCAAACUGAGGACCAGAUGGACUUCUCCGUGUGUUCGAGGCGUUGUCUCUUGUUUUAUAAACACUUCAGGCAGCUCAAGGCUAAUCUUACAUCGCCUCGGUAAAUCUUACAUAGUCCCGUUCCCAAUUUAACGUUCUUAAACAAAAAAAAUCCCGUUCGACACACGUUAAAAGCUGAAAUGUGUGAAUUCACGAAAUUAAUUGUUCAAACCGUCAUCUCCUUUAUGGAAGAAAAGGAGCGAGAGAAGUUAUUUUAUAAAUCAAUUUGUAAUUCAUGACAAAAUUGACUCGGCUUAAUGCCUGGGUGAUAUGGUGUGUUUAUUGAUAGACCAUACAAAUGGGCGCGUUUCAGUCGCUUGUUUGCUGAUGGUAAAAAUCCCAACCCUGUAAAGCAAAACUCUUACAAUUUGACUCCCUGCCAGAGGCAAUAAAAUCAGAACUGGACCCCGUCCCCCCAGCCACCAGGUCUCUUACAACCUAAAGACAAAGCCUCAUCAAAUCCAACACCGCAGUUACUAUUGUCUCUCAAUGGUUGUCCUUUCUCAGGAGAUGAAAAUGACAGAGCUCAACUCAAUUGAUGUUCGAGAGGGGACAUGGAAUGAAACAAGUUAUUGGGAUAAACCUUUCUCCCGCUCCCUAAGAAUGUAUUUUUGUGUCUUGUUCGUGAGCGAAUGGUGGGGUCCAAUGGGGAGGUGGUAACAAGGCAAGAUUUCAUUCAACAUUCAUGCGUUGACACAAGGUUAAAAUUGGGCCCUGCUCCUCGGAUGCUGCCUGAACUGCUGUGCGCUUCCAUCAUCACUAAUCCAGAAUCUGAUGUCCAGCAUCUGCAGUCAUUGUUUUUACCUCUUAAAAUUGGGCCCGUCCGUUAUAGUGUCAGAAACGUAGGUUUUAACGAUGAAUACAGAACGAGAGGACGCUUCAUUGUCUUUCUGUAGGCGAAGAUCCUUAAAUUGUACAAAGUGUACUGAGGGACAGGGUUGGUGUAGCGGCCAGACCCUGGGCGGUGUUAUAAGUUUACGGAUAGCAAUCGGAUGCAGGUUAGACACAGAUUGAUGCCUGUUCAACCGCUCCCCCUCCCCGCCCCCCAUGAGUGAACAGAAUAAAACGUGAGCGAAGCUGGUUAUUUUCUGAGUGCGAGUACCAAAUGGUCGGACGCUCAAACUAUAUUUCAAUGUUUGUAUUUUCCUGUGCAAACUUCAAUGAGAGUGUGCUAUUAUAAUCUAUUCGAAUUUAUUUAUUCACAAAACCAAACUAUGAAAUAAAUCGAAACAUUUUGGUAAAA